AUGAAGUUCACCAGCAUUGCUCUCCUCGCCGCCGCGGCCGGAUCCGCAGCAGCAGCUCCUGCCAAAAGCCAUGCAAAACGAGCUUCGCCAUUCAAAUGGUUUGGAGCAAGCGAGUCAGGCGCUGAAUUUGGACAGGGCAACCUUCCCGGUGUCUAUGGAACCGACUAUACUUUCCCUGAUACCGAUGCGAUUCAGACCUUGCAAGGAAAGGGAAUGAACAUUUUCCGAGUGCCGUUCUUGAUGGAGCGGUUGGUUCCUGAUUCCCUGGCUGGAUCGUUCGAUAGUGCCUAUCUGGGAAAUCUGACCUCGGUUGUCAAAGCCAUCACUGACACAGGAGCCCAUGCCGUCCUUGACCCGCACAACUUUGGCAGAUACAACGGCAACAUCAUCUCAAGCACUGACAACUUCCAGACCUUCUGGAAAAAUGUCGCCGGCGAGUUUGCUUCGAAUGACCUAGUCAUCUUUGACACGAACAACGAGUAUCAUGACAUGGACCAAACCCUAGUUCUGAACCUCAACCAAGCCGCCAUCAACGGCAUUCGCGCAGCAGGCGCAACAAGCCAAUACAUCUUCAUCGAGGGAAACAGCUACACAGGCGCCUGGACCUGGGUCGAUGUAAACGACAACCUUAAGGCCCUGACCGACCCGCAAGACAAGAUCGUCUACGAGAUGCACCAGUACCUUGACUCAGAUGGGUCUGGAACUAGUGAAACUUGCGUGUCGACAACUAUUGGAGAGGAGCGAGUGACCGAUGCCACGCAGUGGUUGAAGGACAACAAUAAGGUUGGAGUUCUUGGUGAAUUUGCCGGGGGUGUUAAUGACCAGUGUAAGACUGCUGUUACUGGGAUGCUUGAUUAUCUGGGGGAGAACUCUGAUGUGUGGAUGGGUGCUUUGUGGUGGGCUGCUGGGCCUUGGUGGGGAGAUUAUAUCUUUAGUCUGGAACCUCCAAGUGGCACGGCUUAUACUGGGAUGAUGUCGACUUUGGAGCCUUAUUUGCCUUGA